GGGUGGGAGCUUCGUGUGCUGCCGCCUGUCAGGCUGUGCUGUGAGGGGCCCAAAGCCGGGACCGUCCUGUUCGGGGGGCCUGUUACCGCUCAGGGGCCUUAUUUACUCGAGUUCGCCUCUCGAGCUGCCUCUCUGCUCAGACGCUCCCGGAAGAUUUUCCUCCUCGCCGAACCCCAGAGCUGAUGUGUCCCGCUGCCCAAAUCUUACACCCUGGAAGGUGCCCCUAGAGAAAGGUCCGGGUGCCCCAGAACUGCCAGUCGAUCCCCAUUUGUCCCCUCCGCAGGAUCCUUUCCCCGCCGCCGGGAAUGAGGCUCUUUCCCAGCCGUUGGCUUUCGGCUGCAGGAGCGGUUUUGUGCCAGCGAUUGGCUGCCCGUUAUGGCUGGCUGGUUUAGGCGGCUCCUACACAAACGUAAGCCCAGCUCAGCGGAGAGCACCCGCUCUUCUUCAUCUCCCCCUUCCUCCUCCUCCUCCUCCUGGAGCCCUGCUUCCUCGCCCCGGUCCAUCCGUCCAUCCCCCGCCCCGGACAUCAGUGCAGCGGGCAGCGCGCGCUGGGCCAAGAGCUACGACGUUUGCAUCUGUCACAGCGCCGGUGACCUGGAGCUGGUGUUGGAACUCGUGUCCUACCUGGAGGGACAACCCGAAAGCUUCCGCUGCUUCCUCCAGCCGCGUGACGCUGCGCCGGGGAGCGCGGUGGUGACGGAACUGUGCGACGCUGUGCAAAAUAGUCACACGUGGGUGAUGCUGAUCACACCGGGGUUCCUGGGGGACCCGUGGUGCCGCUACCAGAUGCACCAGGCGCUGGCCGAGGCGCCGGCAGCCAACGGCCGCGCCAUCCCGGUGCUGAAGGACGUGGAUCGGCGGGAUUAUCCCAAGGAGCUGCGCAACCUCUACUACAUCUACAUGGCGCUGAAGGAAAGCGGUUUCCAGCGGAUCAGGGACACUGUGCUGCACUAUCUCCAGGAGCUGUGCCGGAGCUCCGUGAGCAGGAUGGAAUAGCGUCAGAAGCGGGAUGGGGUGUCCCCAUGGGUGCGUCAGAGAUGUCACCGUCACAUCUGGAUGUCACCACGUCAUCUGGAUGUCACCAUGUCCUGACACACCUCUGGUUCCGCUUUGUCCCCGACCUGGGAAGCGAAGACAGAGAGAUCACCACACAACGUUUUGCAGACAAUAAGGUGGAG